UCAAUUUUGAUGGAGCAUGUCAGUGUAUUGAUUAAUAAGUGUACUAGAGGAGGAGGAGGAGGAGAGAAAGAGGGAGCUAUACAGCAAUCAGCUCUUCUUUGCUUAAGACAAAUAAUAAACAGGAUAGGGACUAGCCACUCACAUAAAUUCAUAUCAGUGACUAGAUCACUAUUGGAUGCAAUUGGAACUAAGACAGGCCCAGUACUACACUCCUCUGCUACUUCUAAUGCUUUACUCUGUAUAUCAGAAUCAUGUGCUAGCCUUACAGUGCGCCUCAUACCACUGCUACCUACCAUACUAUCCACUGCACUCAAAUACAUUGAACAGAGUGAUAAAUCUAGUGGUCUUGUCUUGAGUUCUCUUAUACUGAUAAGAACUGUUAUUCAAACCUUGCCAAGAUUCAUUAGCUCUUUUGUCCCAUCCAUCAUCAAAAAGAUAUGUAGCAGUGAUUUUCUUGAGGUUGCUGGUAAGGAAGAUUUAUUAACUGAAGCUACUUUAGUGAGGGAGUCUUUGCCUGUUGGAGUUCCUUCCAGUGUAUUGUUAUCAGCCAUAACUGAAGCCUUACCUCUUGUCAUGAAAGAUGGGAAAUCGAGUGUUAUUGCAUUGGUGAAUAUAUUGAGGACUUGUAUCGGGUCAUUAACUAAGAAGGUUGAUGUGAAUCAGCCAGUACUGAUUGAUAUAUUCACAGCUUUACUGGAGUAUAGGUCUAACUAUGAACAUGAGACAGAGUCUGAUGUGAGUGAGGUUGAGACUGAAGUCAAUCAGUCCUUCACUGAUCUUGUUGUUAAAUUAUCUGAAGCAUCUUUCAAACCAACACUCAAUAAAUUGCUGGUCUGGGCUGACUCCGGGGAUAAGAUCCUUACCUUUUAUCAUUUAAUAAGAGAUGUUGCGAAGAAGUUAAAGGUCCUUUUUCUGUUGUUUGCUGACCAGUUGGUGGAUAGUAUAGUAUCACUACUAUCAUCAUGUCAUCUUGUUAAUAAUAAAGGCUUGCUUCCAUUCAGUGAUUCAUCCUAUGCCUCUAGUAUCAUUAAAACUAACCUUUGUCUUCAAUUCCUCUUUGAUACACUCCAGAUAUGCUUCCUUCAUGAUAAAGGAUCAUUCCUAAACAAAGAGCGGUCCCAGCAACUAAUGGAACCACUUGUUGAACAGAUUACUAAUACGUUAAGUUCUGAAGAUAAUGAGUUGUACUUGACUUUAAUGAGGUCUCAUUUGAGUCCUUGCAUUGCUCAGUUGGCAGUGGCUGCCUCCAGUGGAGAGACUCAAUGGAAGAAACUGAACCAACAGCUCCUAAUGAAAACAAGAGAGAGCAAGCCAAUGGUGAGGCUGUGUGCCCUACAGAUUGCUGGCUCAAUGUAUUCUAAAUUGGGAUCAGAAGUGAAUGUUAUUCUACCUGAAAUAAUACCAUUCCUCUCUGAACUGAUGGAAGAUGAGUGUGAAGAUGUUGAAAGGGAAGUUCAAGAGACGAUCAAGUCAAUAGAGGCAGUGACUGGGGAAUCAGUUCAACAAUAUCUUUGAUAAUAAUAAUAAUAAUAAUAAUGAAAUUUCCUUUUGUAAAUAUUAAAAUGAUAAAGUUUUAAAAUCUUAUAAGGC